GACAGGAGAAGGAGAGAGAGAGAGAGAGAGAGAGAGGGCCUCCAUCCAUCGAAUCGAAUAUAUAUAUAUACGCACACACACCAAGCCGUUCAUCCUGAAACACGAUCACAGCACCUCCGAUGGCGGGAGACGAACGCAGCAAAGGAAGCUCGGUGGCGGCGGAUCUUAUCGAUUUCUUGAACGCCUCUCCUACGGCCUUUCACGCCGUUGAAGAAGCGAAGAAGAUACUCAAAAAUGCUGGCUAUGAGCAAAUAUCGGAGAGAAAAGACUGGAGUUUGGAAGCCGGAAAGAAGUACUACUUUACGAGGAAUCACUCUACCAUCGUUGCUUUUGCAAUUGGGAAAAAAUAUGUUGCCGGAAAUGGAUUCCACAUUAUUGGUGCUCACACCGACAGUCCUUGUUUGAAACUGAAGCCCGUUUCAAAGGUAACGAAAUGUGGAUACUUGGAAGUAAGUGUGCAAACUUAUGGAGGGGGUUUGUGGCACACAUGGUUUGAUAGAGACUUAAGUGUUGCUGGAAGGAUGAUAAUCAGAGAAGGGAAAGGGGACUCUGUUUCCUACUCACACCGACUUGUUAGAAUUGCUGAUCCCAUAAUGCGAAUUCCAACUUUGGCAAUUCACUUGGAUAGGGGUGUUAAUGAUGGAUUUAAGGUGAACACACAGACUCAUCUUGUUCCAGUCUUGGCAACAUCAAUCAAGGCAGAACUUGAUAAAGUGAUUUCCGAGAAUGGUCCAGUUGAAAGUGGAAUUUCAACUGAUGGAAAGAAGUCUAGUAAAAAGUCAAAAACUGAUGAGCAAAAGCACCAUUCACUUCUUUUGCAGCUCCUUGCAGAUGAGGUUGGUUGUGAACCUAAUGACAUAUGUGAUUUUGAGUUGCAAGCAUGUGAUACACAACCAAGUAUAAUUGCGGGGGCUGUAAAGGAAUUUGUAUAUUCAGGAAGACUUGAUAAUCUCUGCAUGUCAUUCUGCUCCUUAAAGUCACUGAUAGAUGCUACCACUUCUGAGAGUAGUCUUGAGGACGAGGCUGGUGUGAGAAUGGUGGCUUUGUUUGAUCAUGAGGAGGUUGGAUCUAAUUCUGCACAGGGAGCUGGAUCUCCUGUCAUGUUUGAUGCUCUAUCACGAGUUACAUAUUCCUUCAGCUCCAAUUCUAAGUUGCUGGAGAAGGCAAUCCAGAAGAGUUUCCUUGUAUCGGCUGACAUGGCACAUGCCUUGCAUCCAAAUUACAUGGAUAAGCAUGAAGAUAACCAUCAGCCCAAGUUGCAUGGUGGGCUUGUUAUCAAACACAAUGCAAAUCAACGCUACGCGACCAAUGCCGUUACUUCCUUCAUAUUCAGGGAGAUAGCAGCCAAGCAUAACCUGCCUAUCCAGGAUUUUGUGGUUCGCAACGACAUGCCCUGUGGCUCAACUAUUGGUCCCAUUCUGGCAAGUGGAACGGGGAUUCGAACAGUUGACGUUGGUGCCCCGCAACUAUCAAUGCACAGCAUUAGAGAAAUGUGUGCAGUGGACGACGUGCAACAUUCCUACGAGCAUUUCAAGGCGUUCUUCCAAGAGUUCUCUGACCUGGAUGCGAAGAUAUUAGUGGAUGCUUAGCUGUGUGUUUCAUAUGAUUUGAGUGAGACACAAUAAGAUGAAAAAUGAUAGAUACUUCCAUAACGGGUUUGUGAGGUCAGCCGGUGCGACUUGUUGGAUUAUUAUUACUUCGCCUUUGUGAAGUUAAUUGCUCAUGUUAUGCUUGUACCAAACUGCGUUUGCUGUGGCAUUUAAGGAUAUUAUUGUGAGGUAGAAUUAAUGGUUAUAAACAUGAUUUGAAUCAAACUUAUCAUUCUAGGUAUC